AUGAAAUCGGGCAAGAGGAUUGAUGUCAUUUCUGAAUAUCAGAAGCGCAUUGCCGAGAAAGAAUCGUUGAACUUGGUCGUCAUUGGACAUGUUGACGCAGGAAAGAGUACAUUGAUGGGUCAUUUGCUUUAUCUCCAAGGUGAAGUAACUGAGAAGACGAUUCGCAAACAUGAAAGGGAUGCACAAAAGAUUGGCAAAGCUUCGUUUGCGUUUGCAUGGGUUCUGGAUGAAACUGGCGAGGAACGAGCACGUGGUAUUACGAUGGAUGUUGGUGUGACUAAAUUUGAGACUGAACAUCGUCGAUUUACGUUGCUGGAUGCUCCAGGUCAUCGAGAUUUUAUCCCUAACAUGAUUUCAGGCACAGCUCAGGCGGAUGUGGCGAUUCUAGUUGUGGAUGCGACUACAGGCGAGUUUGAAUCUGGAUUUGAUGCUAAUGGACAGACUAAAGAACAUGCGUUAUUGGCUCGUAGUCUGGGAGUUCAACAACUCGUAAUAGCUGUCAACAAACUGGAUGUAGUCAACUGGUCAGAAGCACGGUUUUUGGAGAUUGUUCAAAAACUAGAGCAAUUCUUAGUCAAGGAUGCUAGUUUUAAGAAAUCAAAUUUGGUCUUUGUCCCUUGUUCGGGCUUUACUGGUGAGAAUUUGGUGAGGCGAUCCACACCAGGAAAUAUUUGCAAUGGAUCUGCAGUAUCGGAUACAUCUGUCCCUGAAUCAGUAGCAGCUGUCUUGUCAACUUUCAGCUGGUAUAAAGGCCCGACCCUGAUUGAGUCAAUCGACAAGUUGGACACGCCGAUGCGCCCUAUAGAGAAACCAUUCAGAAUGUCGGUCACAGAUGUGUUCAAGAGUGCAGGAGGUGUUUCGGUCGCAGGACGGUUGGAGGCAGGACAUAUUCAAGUCGGCGAAGCCGUUAUGGUCAUGCCUGGAUCUGAAAUGGCUGUUGUAAAGAGCAUGGAAGUUAAUCACGAGGCGACAAGAUGGGCUGCGGCAGGUGAUUCUGUGUUAUUGAUACUAUCUGGGAUUGACAUUUUGAAAGUCAGUAACGGUUCUGUCCUCUGUACUCGAGAGGCUCCUAUUCCAGUAACAACCCAUUUUGCAGCCCAGAUUGUAGUCUUUGAUGUGAAGAUUCCCAUUACAGUGGGAUUCCCAGUGAUUGUCCAUCGUCAAUCCCAUAACGAACCAGGAGUAGUUUCAAAACUAGUGGCCACAAUCGAUAAGGUUACUGGCGAGAUUGUUAAGAAAUCGCCAAGACAUUUGGGUAAAAACACGACUGCAAUGGUGGAGAUUAAAUUGUCUGGACGAGCCAUUCCCCUGGAGGCCUAUAAAGACUCAAAAGAGCUUGGAAGAGUCAUGUUGAGAAAAGGAGGUGACACAAUCGCAGCUGGCAUUGUGAACAAGAUCUUAAGCUUUGGAUCAUAA